AUGGGUCUAAAGGUUUUUCUCACUGGCGCAACUGGUUACAUCGGCGGAGAUGUCUUCUAUACAAUCUCCCAAGCCCAUCCCGAUUGGGAGGUAGCACUUCUGAUCCGCAACAAAGAAAAAGCCGCCCAGCUGGCCAGCAAAUAUCCCAAUGUGAGAAUCGUGCACGGGGAUCUUGACUCCGCCGACACCAUUGAGGAGGAGGUCAAGAAGGCGGAUAUCGUUUACCACUGCGCCGACUGCGACCACGUCGCUUCUGCUACGGCGAUCGCCAAGGGCGCCGCGCACCACACUCCCGAGCACCCUCUCUGGAUAAUCCACACGUCAGGCACAGGCAUCCUGACUGUCGAAGACUUCCGCAACAACACCUGGGGCAUCGAGCGGACCAAGGAACACAAUGAUUGGGACGGCGUGGACGAGCUGUUGAACCUCCCGGACGACUCACUCCACCGCAACGUUGACACGAUCAUCAUCGGAGCCGGUCAGCGUGCCCCAGACAGCGUCAAGACGGCCAUCGUCUGCCCGCCUACGAUCUACGGCCCUGGCCGCGGUCCCGGAAAUCAGAAGAGUGUCCAAGCAUACUGGCUCGCCGCUGCAGUUCUGAAGCGCAAGCAGGGGCUUCUCGUUGGCCAAGGCAAGAAUACAUGGCAUCAGGUGCAUGUUCAGGACCUGAGCGAUGUCUUCCUGGCGCUGGGGGAGGCCGCCGCCGCGGGGGGCGGCCAAGCCACCUGGAACGACAAGGGGUACUAUCUAGCUGAGAACGGCUCCUUUGUCUGGGGCGAUAUCCAGCGCGCCAUUGCUCAGACAGCGUUUGACAAGAAGCUGAUCCCUUCGCCGGACGUUGAGCAUUUAACGGAUGAGCAGGUCACGGAACUGAAUGAGCUUGGACUGUAUGCUUGGGGAAGCAACUCGCGGGGCCAUGCCAUCCGUGCAAAGAAGCUGCUGGGUUGGUCGCCACAGAAGCCUAGCUUGGUGGAGUUGAUCCCAGAUAUUGUGGAACUUGAGGCGAGGGAUCUGGGGCUGAUUUAA